ACGCGCCGGUGUGAAAACGGUCACACGAUUGUAGAGAAGACGAGAGGGGGACGAAGUUACUUUCCUGAACCUUGUGGGGGAGAAUAAUAUUUGUUGCACUUCGCUUCCCCUCGCCUCGAAUGGACAGAGAACCGGAUUCUGCGCAAUUCUUUCUUCUUCUUCUCCGACCGAGCGCGAAAGCGAUUGAGCUCUCGUCUAAUUGAUUGGUUCACGGGCUCUGCUUCACUGCGAAGAAAAAGUGGCGGUGACUUUUCCAGUGAGAGGCCGAAGCGCGAAACUCACUAAAGGGAGAAUUCGGUGACAAAAGCGACGAGAGAAAAUUUCAUCCUGCGAUCCAUUCACUCGAGUGGAAAAGCUGUUCGGUGUCACUGAUCGAGAACUGCGACCCAAUUUGAUUUUAUGCGUCUAAUUGUACAGAGACAAAUUCGCGCUUGGCUGCUCACCUUGGCAUUUGGGAGCGACGGGGUAUAGUAUAUGUCGAGUAGGUAGGUGCAGGACAGGCAGCUCCAGCUAGUGGACUUGAGGAGAAUUUGCCGUGGGAAGCAGAUAAUCGGAAUUGUCGAAUUUCGGGGAAAAGACACCAGAGACUCAAAGUUGUCAGGUUUCAGAGUCUGUCAAUUUGGAGCUUCCCGACGGUGGGGGAAUUCUGAACAUCCGAGAGCUCACUGGAACGCAAGGAAGAAAAAAAUGGUGAUUGCGUUGAAAGUGAAGAGAAAUGGUAGAGCGCGUCAGUCAUCCUGCGAUGAUAUACACUGGUCUUGAGUGUACUGUAGUUGGCUGAAUGGACGAUCGAAGGAAUCUCAUACUUGGCCUGGAACCAAAGUAGGAAAGUUGUGUUGAUUCUAAGCUCUGUGAAAAUCGUCCUACUUGUAGAUGGUGGAGAUUGACUUCGACGGUCAAUUUCUUCACUUCAUAUUGCCCAGACGUCUUGAUUUGCAGUUCAAGGAGCAACUGUCUUGUCCAUAUCAGGGAGUACCGAGGAAUUCAAACGGGCCAGAAAGAUUUAUGCAAUCGGUCAUAUAGAUAGAUCUCUCUGGUCUCGGGCACUGGUGGGGAACCAGAAGGAAAUUUCAGGAUGGCAGGAUCUAUUUAUCUCUUCGGGUCUCCUGUUUACUCUCACCAGUUGAACAAGAAUGAUGGCUCGCCUUCUCAAUAUUUUUUUCUGGACAAGCACAGAGGACCUAAAAUUCACCGUGGGAUUUCCGGGGAAAAGAAGAUAAAGCUACGCAUCUCCAUGGAUAUGAUCACUUACAGACAUUACGAUGCCAGCUCAAAGAUUCAAAUUUGCAGGAACAGAAUAGGCAAUUCCGUACCAUUUUCGCCACUUCAAGGGCAGCUUAGUAGGAUCACACGGCCUUCCAAUCAUUUGUCUUGUGCGAUAUUAAAUAGGAGAUUAUCCAAGCACGAAUCCAAUUGGACACUUCAUAGGACUGGCAGCCGGUCGGUGAUAGUGAAGGCACAGGUGGAGCUAGCUGGAGGAAUGGAUGUCAUCGGUAACUUAGGACUGGAUACAUUGACUUUCCUCGCAGCAACCGUUCUAAUUGUCCCUGCAUUUAAGGCCAUCAAACAAAGUCCGAUCUUGGGAUUUUUACUGUCUGGCGUCAUUCUAAAUCAACUUGGUUUGAUUCGAAAUGUCACAGACGUUAAGGCAUUAUCAGAGUUGGGAAUCCUUUUCUUGCUGUUUGAGAUGGGACUGGAGCUUUCCCUCGCUCGCUUGAAAGCGUUGGCAAAGUUUGCCUUCGGUAUUGGAUUGGCCCAGGUCUUCUUUUCUACCUUGGCUUUCACAGCUUUUGAGCUCCCACCAAAUGGGGCAAUAGGCACACAGCUUCUGGAAAUUUUCUUUCACGCCCGACCUGCGCUGGUAAACAUCAGGAGUGUCGAUGAAGCUGUUGUUAUCGGAGCAGGGCUCUCUUUGUCUUCUUCCGCCUUUGUUCUCCAGCUUCUCGCAGAAAAGGGUGAGCUUCCAACCCGCUUUGGUUCAGCAACACUUGGUAUACUACUUCUUCAGGACAUUGCUGUGGUGCCACUGCUCGUCAUCCUUCCCAUUUUAGAAAGUGGGAAUCUCGGACAAGAGAGCUUGUGGCCAAAAUUAGCUGCUGAAAGCUUGAAAGCUCUUCUUGGCCUUGGAAUACUAUCUUUCGGUGGUAGGUUCUUCUUACGAAGGAUAUUCGAGGUUGUUGCAGACUCAAGGAGUUCUGAGGCGUUUGUUGCCCUUUGCCUCCUAACAGUUACCGGGACUUCUCUUGUUACCCAAAAGCUUGGCUUCAGUGAUACACUAGGAGCAUUUCUUGCCGGAGCAUUACUUGCUGAGACAAAUUACAGAACGCAAGUGGAAGCUGACAUAAGACCAUUCAGGGGCCUUCUCCUCGGUCUCUUUUUCGUGACAACUGGGACGUCCAUCGAUCUUCAGCUUCUGUUUCGGGAGUGGCCCAAUGUGCUAGCUCUCUUGGGAGGUCUGAUCGCCAUCAAGACGGCAAUUAUCACAGCUAUUGGGCCCCGAGUGGGACUUACUCUUGCGGAGAGCGUAAGGACGGGAUUAUUGCUUUCACAAGGAGGAGAAUUUGCCUUUGUCGUGUUUUCUCUCGCAAAUCGACUCGGAGUUUUACCGUUGGAGCUGAAUCGCCUUCUUAUCAUUGUCGUUGUGCUGUCAAUGGCUCUGACUCCAUUGCUGAAUGAGGUUGGUCGAACUGCAGCAGAAUACAUCGAAUCGAAGUCUGAACCCAAAGAUGAAGAUGAUAAGAUGGAAGUUGUGACCUUUGAGGCGAGUGAACCAGUAGUUAUACUGGGGUUCGGGCAAAUGGGCCAGGUGCUUGCCAAUUUCCUAUCCACACCUCUAGCUUCAGGCCUCGGAGGAGAUGCAGCCGGGUGGCCAUACGUUGCCUUUGAUUUGGAUCCGGGGCGAGUGAAGGCUGCUCGCAAGCUUGGCUUUCCUGUUCUAUAUGGAGACGGAUCUAGACCAAUGGUUUUACAAACUGCUGGGAUUUCUACACCCAAAGGAGUCAUGGUGAUGUAUACAGGACGCCAAAAAUCAGUACAAGCUGUGGAGAGGUUAAGGGCGGCAUAUCCUGGGAUCCCGAUUUACGGCAGAGCUCAAGACUUAGAGCACCUUCUCGAAUUAAAAAAUGUUGGAGCAACAGAUGCUAUACUGGAAAACACCGAGACUAGUCUGCAGCUCGGUUCUAUUCUUCUUAGAGGUCUGGGUGUGAGAUCAGACGACGUUUCUUUUUUGAGGCGUUUGAUGCGAGAAUCCAUGGAACUAAGAGCACAAGAGGCCCUUGAGAAGAAAGGAAAUGUCGAGAAUGACUACGUUGUACGAUUUCAGGCUAAGGUACGGGAGACAUGGAAUUCAAGACCGAGCUCAUCUUCAGCGCAAGUAGAAUAUGAUGACGAAAUGGAGGCAAUGGAAACGACCUGGCAAGGCGGAAGGAGUCUGAACUCCGCGUCCAUACUGAGGGACAAGUCCAGAGCUGUCGGUCAAUCGACGGACGAAGAGAUGCCCAUUCUUUUAUCCACUGUCAACUCUCCGAACUCGUCCAGCAAAAGCUCGAUCACCAUCGAGAAAGGAGACUCUCUUUCAGCCUCUAGUAUUACCAUCGCUGCUCCGAACGGCUUGAUACUAGACAGAGAUCCUCAAGUCAGCAAUGGUUCAGACUCUUCUGAUGCUUUCGAAUCCGAGGGCCUUACCGUCACCGUUCGUGAAACAGCUGACAGCUCCAUGUCUAACAAUCUCCCGCAAGCAUCUGUCAGCAAACCGCCCCAACCAAGUAUGGCUGUUUCGAAAUUGAAGUGGCGCAGAAGAAGUGUGAACGAUAACCGCUUGGAACAGGGUCAAGACGAACGAGGAGUGACUAUUUGUGCUCUCCCAGAUGACGAUAGAUACCAGGAAGCGCUAGAGGAGGGUGAGGAAAUCGAUAAAAUUGAUGAGACCAUCCCAGCGUCGAGAGAUUAGAUUUGAUAGAAAGCGGUCAGAAGAUCUCGUAAAAGAAACAGAUCUUUGUCUUGUACACUAAAGAGACAUGUAGGAUCGACUGAUUCACGGGGCUAUUCCGCGUCCUGAAGUCCUGGAGGAUAAUCCUCCUCCUGUCCCCAUGGGCAGUGUAUGAUAAUUUAACUUCGAUUAAUUUUGGACGAUCUUUGUUAACAUAAUCCCUACAUGGGAUUGGAGAUAUCAUAAAGCACGACAA